UUUUGAAAUGCAAAAAAUACCAAAUUCAUUGAAUCAGUUCAAUAAUCAACUGGCUCGUUGUGCAGCACGUAGCUCGACAACACUGCACCUCAACACAUUACAGCUGACGACGAAAGCAACAGCUGACGAAGCAGCAAGACGAAGCGAACAAGCAAUACUUCGUGCGUAUGGAACAGAAAAUUGGAAAAAGAGCAACUGCAUAGUGAAAAAAUCAAGAAAAAUGUGGUUUUUAAGCACAUAAUUGCAUAGAAGCUAAAACAAAGUUAAACAAUAUAAGAAUCUACAUCGAACACAGCGCACAAACUGGCAAUGAAAUUACUGCCAAAAUAUCAGAUUCUUCGUCGUUGUUGCUAUCGCAUAUCGUAUUGAGUUGACAGAAGCCAAGAAACAGAUGACAGAUCAGAACUAAAAUCUACGUGCAAAUUUGUGAAAUUCACUGAAGAUAAAGAUAACAAACGAAUGUUGAGACAGUGGUGCAAAUAAUUCUAAUUAUACAACAGUCCAACCGUGUUCCCCUCAAAGAACGAAACUGGUUAUACACACAGCGACGACAACGACAGCGACGACGACGGAAACGGCAAAGGCAACGAAGGAACGGGAGCAGCAGCAGCGAAAGGCAUUUCAACGCAGCGGAGAGUGAGGGUAAUGGAAAAAAUCAAACUAAAGGUUAUCGGUGUGCUGCGCGAGCGCGACGGUGGCACGAAUGUAAAUCGCAGCGGCAGCGUCGCUGCUGGCGUUGGCAGUCAUCAGGUGGGCGUGGGCGCGGCUGUUGCGAAUGGGGUCACGCAGGACAAUACCAAUGGCAAUGGCAACGACAACGGCAAUGGCAACGCCCCUGGACCAGAACGCAAUGAUGCCCAUGCACUGAAUGCAGCUGGUGGUGGUGCUGCUGCCGUAGGACCGAGUGGUGCGGCACGCACCUCGGUGCUCACACGGCCGCAAACAUCUAAAAUCAGUGCGCUCGACCUAGCUGGUAUACUGAACACGCGACGGCGUCUCGAAUGGACCAAGGAGUGGCUUCGCAAGAACCAAUCAGAGUUUCUCAGCAAGGAGAAUCUUCUCAGUGAGCUGCAAUCGCGCAAGGACGAGUGCUAUCAUUUGAAUUACUUCCUCGCCAUAACUGAGAGUCAGUUUCGCUAUCUGGUAGAGAAACUGGAGCCCAUUAUCAGUCAGUAUGCGCCGCAGCGCAAAAAGAAAUCUUUCAGCGCCGAGGAGCGUCUGGCCAUAACGCUCAAGUAUUUGGCAACGGGUGAAGUGCAUUCUUGUCGAAACUACUGCUUCCGUGCCUCCAAAUUUGUGAUAAACGAAAUGAUUGCCAAUAUCUGUAUGGGCUUCUACGAGCACCUGAAGGACCAAUACGUGACACUACCAAAGACUGACGAGCAGUGGCGCAACGCAGCCACCGAAAUGGAGCGCAAGCAUAACCUGCCCCAGUGUGUGGGUAAUCUGUUUAUGCGCAGCAUUCAGCUGCAGAACAGCAUAGGCAACGACGAACGCAAGCGUGCGACAGUCAUCUUUACGGCCAUCGUCGAUGCGGACAACAAUUUCCAGUAUGUGAAGGUGGAGCGUGCAGCGAACAGUCGACCAAAUGAUAUCUACAACCAGACCACUGCCGUCGAGCAUAUCGAGCAGAAGAUGCAGGCACUGGAGGCCAAAUCUGAGCCUCAUCGCAAGGGCUAUUAUCUCGCCGGCGAUGCGGUGCUACCGAGCACGUCGUACUUGGUCAGCACACGGCUCGUGGCCAAGGAAAGUGCCGCGUACGCUGCCCUGGAACAAAUCAAUGCUCAUGCAGAACAAACAUUGCGCAUAUUGUGCAAUAUAUUUCCGAUACUGGCGCAGCCACUGCGCGUUAGCGAGAAGCACGUCAACGAGGUGGUCCUAGGCUGUGUGGCAUUAUACAAUUUCCUGCGGAAGACCGACGACUCCUUUCGGCGCAACAGCGACAGCAUAGCCCAGCAACGGAACGGCAUCGACCAACAUCAGCCGGCCUAUGCGGACGGCGAGGAGAUUGACGAGGAUUGUAUUAUGCUGGCCACAGAAGAGGAAUUACGCGAACGUGCCGAGUUCACGCCCAGCGUGGGAUUGACCACCUGCUUCCAAACGCUGAGCGCACAGCGUGGUGAUACGCCCGAGGGCCAGGCGAAGCGAGAUUGGCUGCUCCAACUGCCCAUUGUGGCAGCACAGCAACAGAAUGGUAACGCCUCCACGAAUGGGGGUGUUCAUUAGUGCAAUUUUACCUAAGUACUUUACGAAUUUUGUAUAGUUCCUUGUUUUCUAUUUCUAUUUUCUAAAUCAUAAACUAUAUAUUUAUAUAUGUAUAUGAACACAUAUAUGUACAUAGAUAUGUAUCUAUCUAUAUAUACAUAUAUAUAUUUGAAUUGAUAUUGGCAUUAGCACUUGAUAUUGGUUAUGUUGCUAGCCAGCUAGUUUUGCCUCUAUUCUUCUCUGCAUUAAGUGAGCUGUUCUUUUGCUUCUGUGCUUUAAGGUUCUGUAAAGUUAGUUUAGGUUUUUGUUUUUGAAGUUCAGUGAAUACUAUGUGAUGUCUCAAAUCUCUAUUGUGGCCCAGUGCUCCCGGGGAGCUUUGCAAAAGCGACAACAAAACGUUUCGGCGCGCGAGUAUAUCGAGAUGAAAGAAAACAAAAUAUAAUAAAACAUAUUAUAUUAAUAAACAAAUGAAAUGAGAAAACAGAUCAACAAAAUUAAAA